AGUGAGGCGCGCUCGGGCCGCCCGCCCCCCUCCCCCGGCGCUGUGGCUGUCGCCGUCGCUAUGGAGUAGCUGGAGCGGGACGGGGUCGAGCCGCGGCCGGAGCCGGAGCCGGCGUGACAGGCGGCCCGCCAGGCCCACAGGUUGACGGUCAGCCGGGCGCUGCGCCCGCAGCUUCCCGCAGGCUCAGGAUAACACGUUGGUGCAGAGCCGAGACAAUGGAGUCCAUGCUGAAUAAAUUGAAGAGCACCGUGACGAAGGUGACGGCGGAUGUCACCAGCGCCGUCAUGGGAAAUCCUGUUACCAGGGAAUUUGAUGUUGGCCGACACAUUGCCAGUGGUGGUAAUGGUCUUGCUUGGAAGAUAUUUAAUGGGACCAAAAAAUCAACCAAACAGGAAGUGGCUGUUUUUGUUUUUGAUAAGAAGCUAAUAGACAAGUAUCAAAAAUUUGAAAAGGAUCAGAUUCUUGAUUCUUUAAAACGAGGUGUUCAACAGCUCACCAGGCUUCGACACCCUCGACUACUUACUGUUCAACAUCCAUUGGAAGAAUCCAGGGAUUGUUUGGCAUUUUGUACAGAACCAGUCUGUGCAAGUUUAGCUAAUGUUCUUGGGAGCUGGGACAACUUACCUUCUCCUUUGCCAUCUGACAUGAAAGAUUACAAACUCUAUGAUGUGGAGACCAAAUACGGUUUGCUUCAGGUUUCUGAAGGCUUGUCGUUUUUGCAUAGCAGUGUGAAAAUGGUCCAUGGAAAUAUUACUCCUGAAAACAUAAUUUUGAAUAAGAGUGGAGCAUGGAAAAUUAUGGGCUUUGAUUUUUGCAUCCAGUCAACAAAUCCAUCUGAACAGGAGCCAAAGUUUCCUUGUAAGGAAUGGGAUCCAAACUUGCCAUCCUUAUGUCUUCCAAAUCCUGAAUAUCUGGCCCCAGAAUAUAUUCUCUCUGUCAGCUGUGAGACAGCCAGUGAUAUGUACUCCCUAGGAGCUGUUAUGUAUGCAGUGUUUAAUAAAGGAAAACCAAUUUUUGAGGUCAACAAGCAGGAUAUUUAUAAAAGCUUUAGCAGGCAGCUGGAUCAGCUGAGCCGUUUAAGCUCCAGUACUCUUCAGAAUAUCCCAGAGGAAGUGCGUGAACAUGUAAAGCUACUCUUAAAUGUAGCUCCAGCGGUCAGACCAGACGCAGAUCAAAUGACUAAGAUACCAUUCUUCGAUGAUGUAGGGGCAGUGACUCUUCAAUAUUUUGAUUCAUUAUUUCAAAGGGAUAACCUUCAGAAAUCACAGUUUUUUAAAGGUUUACCAAAGGUUCUUCCAAAACUACCUAAGCGUGUUAUAAUUCAGCGAAUUUUGCCUUGCUUGACAUCUGAAUUUGUGAAUCCUGAUAUGGUACCCUUUGUCUUGCCUAAUGUUCUCCUGAUUGCUGAGGAAUGCACCAAAGAGGAAUACAUCAGGCUCAUUCUGCCUGAUCUUGGUCCUGUUUUUAAACAGCAAGAACCAAUCCAGAUACUGUUGAUCUUCCUGCAAAAAAUGGACUUGCUUCUAACCAAAACUCCACAAGAUGAAAUAAAGAACAGUGUUCUACCAAUGGUUUAUAGAGCUUUGGAAGCACCUUCAAUUCAGAUCCAGGAGCUUUGCCUAAACAUAAUUCCCACAUUUGCCAAUUUAAUAGAUUACCCAUCAAUGAAAAAUUCAUUAAUACCAAGAAUUAAAAACGCAUGUUUGCAAACUUCUUCUCUUGCUGUCCGAGUAAACUCACUAGUGUGCUUAGGCAAGAUUUUGGAGUACUUAGAUAAAUGGUUUGUGCUUGAUGAUAUUUUACCUUUCCUACAACAAAUUCCAUCGAAGGAACCUGCAGUGCUAAUGGGAAUUUUAGGUAUUUACAAGUGUACAUUUACUCACAAGAAGUUGGGAAUCACCAAAGAACAGCUUGCAGGAAGGGUACUGCCCCAUCUGAUUCCUCUUAGUAUUGAGAACAAUCUUAAUCUCAAUCAGUUCAAUUCUUUUAUUUGUGUUAUAAAAGAUAUGCUUAAUAGAUUGGAGGCAGAGCAUAAAACAAAACUUGAGCAACUUCAUGUCAUGCAAGAGCAACAGAAAUCUCUGGAUAUAGCUAAUCAAAUGAAUGUGUCUGAAGAGGCAAGAUCUAGUAGUACAAGUAAUCAGCUUGACAAGGUAUUUAAUACGAGUGGAGCUGACCUUCUAACUAGUGGAUCAGAUAGUAAAGAGAAUGAGGUGUCAUCAAUACAGAGAAAGGCAUCACUUACACUUGAAGAGAAGCAGAAGUUAGCUAAAGAACAAGAACAGGCACAGAAACUGAAAAGCCAGCAACCUCUUAAGCCACAACCAACUGCAGUAACACCUCCAGUGAAGCAGACAAAAGACUUGACAGACACCUUGAUAGAUAAUAUAUCAUCGUUGAGUAGCCAUCCUAUCAACAAAGCUAAAGCUGCAUCUUCAAACAGCUUCUCUUCUGUCCCUUCUAUGGGUGUUGGAAUGGGAUUUGCAUCACCUGUUGACAACACAAAGAGAAACAUCACAAAUGGACUAAAUCCUAACAUGGGUUUUCAGACUGCGGGAUUCAGCAUGGGAGCUGCUCCCCCCACUCAGAAUUUCUUCAGUGGUCCAAGUGCAACAGGAACAACCAAGAUGAACAUUGUACCAGCUGCCAGUAUGCCAAAUUACAUUCCUAUGAAUGCUGCACCUCCAGUGUCUCCACUGGCACAACAAAACAGACCCCCAGAUAUGUCUGCUCUAGAUAAUCUUUUUGGUCCUCAAAAACCCAAAGUUAGUAUGAAGCAGUUGGCUCAGCAGAAAUCAAGCCAGUGGGUUAAUCAGUUUGUACCCCCACAAGGGUCCCCAAGUGCAAGCAGCUCAGUCCUGGGACCUCAGAUGAACAUGAUAGGACAGCCUGGAUUUGGUAUACAGGGUAAUCCUUUCUUUGCUCCUCAGAACUUUGCACAACCAGCAAACACAAUGACAAACAGCAGCUCAGCUAGUAAUGACCUAAAAGAUCUUUUUGGGUAAAAUGUGUUGUUUUCGUCUUUCAAAGACUGAGAAAAUUUGGAUCAUGGGUAAGCUGAUUAACAUCUUUUUGAUUAGUAAAAGCAUGACUUGGGGAAACUUUCAACCCAGCAAAGUAAAGACUUUUGCACUGGAAAAAAAGACUGAUUUUACAUUUGCCUGGUACUGCAGUGGAAUUGUCUAAGUGCAAAGUCUUCUUAAAUGCUAAAGAUUUCCUGUCUCUUUACUGAACAUCAGAGCACUGAAGGUAGGAUGCAUCUAUUCAACUAAAAAAGAAUCCUACGAAAGUUCCUACAAAAUUUUGCUUCUUAAGUUUAACAAAAAUGCCUGGGGGGGAUUAAUACUGGGUUAACACAAUCCUGCAGCCCAGUCCUUUCAGUGCCUGAUAAAUUCUUAUUGAUGGUUUGUGUUGCCUGGAUUUGGCCCAAGCUGUCAUUUUCCCAUAUUGACAGUUUGUAAAAUAAAUUCCUACACUGCCUCAUAAAGUUAUGUUGCAUAGAAAAAUCUCUAACUGGUAAGUAUGCAAGAGGCUGAGAAAAUAUUUUCUAUUUUUUCUCUUAUGAGAUAAAAAAAAUUAAUUUGGUAGUAAACAGGAAGACUGAGGAGGCAUAAGUUGGCUUAAAAUUUUGUGCAAGUUUGGGGCUGAGUAAGAGCACUGCUCCCAUGGUCAUGCUAUCUGGGAACAUGUUUUAUAAUGCCAGAUGCUUGUUACCAUCCACAUAGGAAAAAGAACAUACCACUUUUAAAAUACAUGUGGUAACUUGAUCACAUUUUUUAUUUAUUCCAGUGUUUUGGCUACUGUGACACUGCUUUUAACUGGUGUGAGGGAAGGAAAAAAAAAAAAAAAAGAGUAUGAGUAGGUAUGGAACCUCCCAGAGAGAAUGUACUCAAAAUUCAUAUGCUGAGUGCCCCAGCUGAACACACACACUAGUUACACAGAAAUAUCUUGAAUUAAUUCAUAAAUUUUGGCUCCGUUGGGAAGAUGGAAAGGGAUUGCCUGGUACAAGUUGCACAUGGUUGUGUAAAAAAGCAGACUGCCAUAAAUGGCCUUGACUAGAAUAAACAAUUUCAUUUUAAUUCUGUUUUAACUUAAGUCCCUGUGAAGGAUAGAUCAAUACUGAGCAAGUUCUCAAAUAUGGAUUUGUAAGCUCUAGAAUAUAUAGUAAAUACACAGGUAUUUCAGAUCCUUUUUAUUGUAUUACUCCAGAUUUAAUAAAGCUGUCCAAAGAAAACAAAAAAGUAGUUUCUUCUACUUCCCAGAAGGUGUAUGUUCAGCUUGCCCAUGAUGGAAUCUGUGCUCUGUCAGAUACUGCUGUUGGGCUUUAACUUUUUCUUUCCUAGGAAUUUCAGGAGCUUUCUUAUACAAUAUUUUGAAAAGUAGAGCUGGCUAUUUUGAGCAGGAAAGAACUAGUUGCCUUUUUUAUGGAAAGCCAACAUGCUUUAUUUUUCAAAGCCUUUCACUAAAGAAAUUGUUCUUUCAUUUGCUGCUUAAGAAACCAAAGGGCCUUAUGCUGUAAAUGUAACUUGUAUUUUGUUAUAUUUCCACAGUUCUAAGCAGUAAUGGCAUUAAGCAUAUUUCUUAAAGAAUCGUUUAUGUAUUCUAGCUGCUGCCUUAGUCCUGUCAUUUUAAAAACCAGGGACCAGUGAAAUUGUGGUUUAGAAAACAAUAUCUAACACAUUGUGAAGCAUAUGUACUGUUAUUAGUCAUGGUAAACUUUGUAGGUUAUGUUAAGAUGCCUGUGUAAAUAAGUGAAAUACUAGAACAGUUAAACUAUAAGUUCAUUUAUGGUUACUAGUAUUCUAUGCUCUCAGUCACACUAAUGUCUUUUAUGUCAACUUUUGGAAGCUACUUUUUGUUAGUGUAACUUACGGCCAGCCCUUGAAGAAUUACUUGAAUCUGUAUCCCUCUAAAUUAUUUGAAAAAUAAGUUUAUAUUAAAAAUAACAUCUCAUAGGACACUACAAUGUAUUAAAUUAAUAUAUCCAUUUAAAGGCAGUCUUAAAUGUCAGUGUCCUGGUUUGGAAUUUCAGUCACAGAUCUUCCUGGUUUGGGGGCUUUUCAGAACUGGAUUUUAAGUUAACCUGUUGGAGGGAAAAUUGACUGAAAAAGGUCUGAUUUUAUAUACUAGGCCUCCUGAAGAGUGGGGUUUUGGAGUAUGUGCUUUUGGCAUGGGCUGUCUGAGAAUACAAUCUUUUUCAAAGGAACAAAGUAAAAGAAAUCCUAAAAAUUCAAACUAAGUGAGGCUCUUCUAUGCAGUGGUAAUGUAAUGGAACAGGAUCUUUACCUGGCUCAAGUGAUAUGAAUUUUCCUGUUUAGAUUUGAGAAUAUAAAAUAGAAGAAUAAAAAGAAAAGGGUGCUUAUGAAAGCAAAAAAAAAAAAAAAUUCUGGUUAUUUAAAAAUAAAAAAGAAAAAAUAACUUCAGUUAAAAUGAGAGGGUCAAAUCUCUAAAUCUCUCUUCCUUGUAUAAGCUUCCUGCUUAGUCUGUCAGGAAACUGUGUGUGUGUGUGAAGUCCUCUAAUUAUUUCUUCUUAGCUUAAAGGAAAGAGGAGUUGUAAGAGGUAAGUCUUCAAGGGCAUGUGCCACCAGGCCCUUGCUCCAAUAGUUUUCCUUUAGGAAGCCUUGUCCAGUUGACCUCUCCACUUACAAAUCAUCAGUGGAAGAUUCAUCUUGUGGCCAGAGUGGAUACCACUGUGUGAAAGCAACAGUUGUACUUCACGUCCAAGUUUUUGUUUGGGGAAGAGUAGAAGGAAAAGACACUGGUACAAAAUGUGGGCAUUCCAGGGACCUCCUGUUUCUGGAGCUGGAUAGAAGCAUCUGGCUUUGUUACAUCUGGCUUUGCCUGCAGCAGAGGGACUGUCCAGCCCUAGUGCAA